UACAAGUUAAAAGACUUGUUGAUACAAUCAAAUAUACUGGUCCAAUUAUUGUGAUGUCAGACAAUACUAAACUUAAAGAAAGACUUGGAUUUUCAUCUCUUUAUAGCUGUAUUGUUGGUUCGACACUUUCAACAGAAUCAACUAAAGUUUCUUCAUAUGAAGAUAUAUACCAAAUUAUUGAUACGAUUAAGUUACAUAAUGCUAUUGCUUCUCAAGUCCGAGCAAUAAAUCAUGCUUACGAACAAGUCACUGCACUUGCAAAAGAUGUUCUUGGGAUGAUGCUAACUACUAAAAUUUGUAGUUUUAUAACUAUUAUGAAAGAAAGUAAAACCGAAAUUAGAAAUGAAACUAAAAACCAACUUAUUGAUUUACAAGAAUUUAAUGAUUCGCAAAAAUCUAGUAGCUCACAAUCUGAUAAUUUUUUUAUAUCUGUAGCAGCCACAGAAGUUAAUAUCUAG